UAUGUAUAUUUGGGGCUAGGGGAAAUAAUGAUGCGAUUUUCCACUUUCGGCAUAAAUACACAUUUUUAUUAAGAAAUGAAAAUAAUAAAUCAACCGCAAGUUCGAACAUAUUUAUUUAUUAUUUACUUUACAUAAAUUUCACAUUUUGGUAGCGGUAUAUUUUUUAUACCCUGAACAGGGUAUAUUAAGUUUGUCACGAAGUAUAUAUAUAAAUGAUCAGUAUGUCGAGCUGAGUCGAUUUAGCCAUGUCCGUCUAUCUGUCUGUCCGUCUAUCUGCCUGUCCGUCUAUCUGUAUAUAUACGGACUAGUCUCUCAGUUUUAAAGAUAUCAUUUUGAAAUUUUGUAAACGUCAUUUUCUCUUCAAGGAGCUGCUCAUUUGUCGGAACGGCCGAUAGCGGACCACUAUAACAUAUAGCUGUCAUACAAACCGAACGAUCGGAAUCAAAGGCUUGUAUGGAAAACUUUCGCAUUUGAUGUGGUAUCUUCACGAAAUUUGACAUGGAUUACUGCUUAAAGUAAUAACAUAAUCUCCGAAAAAAUUGUUCAGAUCGGAUUACUAUAGCAUAUAGCUUCCAUACAAACUGGACACAUAUUUACUAAAAGAAAUACAGCUGUGAAGGGUAUAUUAGCUUCGGUGCAGCCGAAGUUAACGUUUGUUCUUAUUUUAUCAAACAUUUGAAUGUUGUUAGUAGUAGUCACUCUAAUACUUGCAAUCCAUUACCACAUCACACUUGUAUUUUUUUAGGAUUUACUUACGUCUCCAUGAAAGUCUUCUCGGAAAAGGUCAAUAAAGGCACAAAAAUAUUCGCUGCCGGCUGUACCUCAGCUAUAGUAUUUCAAUUCUUUAUGCCAAUUAUCUACAGAAACCGAACGCUGCCGCUGGUCUGCUGGUAUCCUGUGGACUAUAAGACACCGUUUGUUUAUGAAAUCGCCUACUUUUUUCAAACCAUAGCGCUAGUACAGUUCUCGACUUUAUUUAUGGUUGGCAGCGCCUACUUCUUGUCACUUUGUUACUUACUCUCCGGACAAUUCGAUAUUCUCUACUGCAGUUUGAAGAAUAUAGUGGCAACGACCUACAUUUAUAUGGGUGCAAGCAAAAGUGAAUUAAUAGAAUUACGAGAUAAAGAACGGAUGCCAAAUGAGGAGAUCAAUGAGUAUUAUGUUACGGACGAAUUACCUUUCGAUUUGGACUGCUUACCUCAUGUACUUAAUCCAGCUGAAACAUCAAGACCUCGUAGCUUUCGAGAAGCCUUUAACUACGCUCUAAGGCCAUGUGUCGAGCAUCACAUUUUCAUACUGGAUGUUUUGCGUAAAUUGCAGAGAUUAUUUAAUUUUAUUUGGUUGGUGAAGACGUUUGUAGUCACGUUCUUCUUUUGUAUUUCCGCUUUUAAUAUAGUCAAGUUAUCGGAGGGCAAAACUUUUCUGAAAUUAUUUUCGAUAGGUCAUUACUUGUUUUUGGGGCUGAGUGAACUAUUUAUGACUUGCUAUGCCAGCGAGAUAAUCUAUAUAGGAAGUCAACGCUGCGGUGAGGCUCUAUUACGUAGUCCUUGGCACUUGCAUCUUAGGGAGAUACGCGCCGAUUAUCUCUUAUUUUUGACGACUACUCAACACGCUUUCGAAUUCACGGCUGGUAAAAUUUAUCCGUUACGAUUGGAAAAGUUUCGUGCGAUUAUCACAACAUCGUUUUCAGUCUUCACUUUACUACGGAACAUGGAUAAGGGUGAAUGAAAGCUUUAUCUUAAUAAGGCUAACGAAAGAAUUACAAGCUCUACUAUAUUUGAUCUAAAAAUUCCUUAUAUAAAUGUCUAUUAAACACCGUAGUCAGAAUUUCGUAUUUAGAAGUACUCAAUAAAGUAUCGAACAGUUUUACUCUCAUCACACGAAAUAUUAAAUCAUUCGAUUAUUCGAUUUUGCUUAACAUUUCUUAAUUUUUAGUGACACCGUGAACACACCACAAAGUU